AAAGGAAAUGAAUAAGUAAACACGUGUUUUGAUUUUUUAAAUUUUGGAACGUGUUUGAAUUUGUUGUAAACGAUAUUACCAAAAUAAUUAUGGAAGAAAUGGAAGAAAACGAUCUGUGUUCGUCAUUAAAUUCAUUUAAUUUUAAAGAUAGUUGCGAAGAUUUUUGUAUGGAAGAUGUUGAAAAGGAUAACAUUGUAGAAGACGAAACACGUGAUUCAUUUGUUUCGAAUGAUGAGUAUUUACUCGAUGAUUUACACGUUGAAUCUACUCGUCGAUCUUUAAAUAAAACGCCAAGUGUUACCACUAUCAAACGUAAAAUAAAGCCCGUUAAGAAUAAUAUUAAUCAAUAUGAUGAUAAAGUGUUUGAAGAAGAAAAGUACGAAUCUAAACAAUGGAAUGAUGACGGUGCCUUAAGGAGAGCUUUCAACGAAUAUUUACAGAAAAGAUCUGCCUCUAAACAGUUGUCUAAAAUUUCAGUUGUAAAUACUUCACAUUGGAAGUUUCCUGCAAAACAGAAACCUACUCGUAAAACAUCAACGUUACUAUCGACUGCCGACAAAUCAUCUCAUACUUCAAGAGCAUAUUCAAGUACACAAGCUCGAGAUUCAUCAAGUGCUCCACAUUCAUUAAGAAGAAGGAAAGAAAAAAAAUUAGAUGAAUAUCUCCAACGGAUAUAUCAAGAAAAUUUAUAUCAUUUAUUUGAAAAGCAUUUCGAUUCUAAGGAAGCCGAGGAGCUUGCUUCAAUUCUGGAAUUACCAAAGCCAGAUAGUCUUCCUAAAAGUGUUGAGAAACAAAAAUCUGGCGAUGUAUCCAAUAAAUAUCAAAUAAAACCUUUAUUUGAAGUGGAAGUGAAAAAAAAUAAGAUGAAGACAAAGAAGAAAGCAGUGACUAACCCAUACAGAAAAUUUCUGUUAAGAUUAGAAGAUAAUACAUUACCUAUGACUAUUCAAAACAGAGAUGAACAACUAGUAAGAGAACAUAAUGAAAAGAGAGCCUUUGAAAUAGCCAAACGAUUUAGUGAAUGGACUGGUGACAUGAAAGGAGAAAGAAAACCGAAUGAAGACGAUAGUGAAAAAUACAAACCUAUUAUCGAUCCUUCAGUUAUUUUGCAUAAUUUUCAAGCAGACGAAAUUUUGGCUCAUCCCGAACAAAAUAUUGUUAUUAACAUAAAAGAAUUGUUUCCUGUUCCUGAUGAACUUCGUCAUUUGGCUUCAUCAGAACAAUUGAAACAGUUAAAUGUCAACGAUAUAUUUAAAGAAAAAGAAUCGAAAUCCAAAGCACAGAAGAAACGUAUGGCAUGGUAUUUAAAUCCUAACACAUGGUUUCAACCAGAAAAUACGGAAUAUUUAAGAGAAAGAAGGAAAGGAACAUCAGUAGAAGGCAGAAAAAUGGGAAAGUUACUGUUUAACUUCUUGCUAUUGACUGUAGCAAUAUACCCAACUUUGGCAGUACCUUCUACUCUAACACAAUUCAUACGUUCGAGAAACGAAACGGCCAAAUUAUUUUUUAAAUUAUUAUCAGAACCACAGAUCUUGGAUCGCGAAUGGAGGAAAUUUUACAAAUUUGAAGGAAUUCCCAUUCCAGAAGGAGAUAAACCGUUACUCGAAUUUAGUUGGAGUAAUUGUGCACUUUCUGCCCCUUGUCACGUUAAAUCUUUGUCUGUUUCUCCGGAUCCCAUCGAUGUUCCUGGUUCUGUAACCGUCAGCUUUGAUGUUGUUGUUGCAACGAACUUAACGUCGCCAAUACAAGUUGAUAUCAAAAUGAAGAAGAAAGUGUACUUCGUUUGGGUUGAAGUACCUUGCAUGGACAAUAUAGGUAGCUGUUCCUAUUCGGAUUUUUGCGAUCUUGUUCCUACCACAUGCCCUUCAUUUGUAAAGAAAGCUGGAUUACCUUGUAAAUGCCCAGUUAUUGAGGGAGAAUACAAGCUCGAUCCUACUACUGUCGAAAUACCUAACAUUCCUUUACCUUCUUUUCUCGAAGAUGGCGACUAUAAAGCUACAGUCAAUGGAUUUCAUAAUGGAAAACAAUUGUUUUGCUACAAUGUAGCGUUUUCAUUACAUAAAAAUUAAUAUUUUUUUCUCUAAUAUACUGUACUUGUUUGGGUUUUGGUUUAUUUUUGUUAUUCGUCCGUUUUUGUAUCAUAAUUAUGUAAUAAAUAUAUAUAUAUAUAAAUGCGAGUGUGUUUGUUGGUAAUACACUUCUUGGCCAUUCGACCAAU